AUGUCGUCGUCGACAAAAGGCGCGGGAUCACCGACCGACCGGCCCGCGCCCAGAAAAUGGUUUUUCACCAAGGAGGAGGCAAACAAUUUUCUAGCGAUUUUACCUCUGAAAAUGUGUGCGUUUUGCAGAUGAGAAACACGGCGAGCAUCAAGGAGGGGAUGAGCAGGGACGAGGAGAUGAGCUACCGACAGUUGGCCGCCGCGUUCAUUCAGGAAAUGAUCGACGGCCUCAACAAUAUGAAAGACCCGAAAAUGAAAAUGUGAGACUAAUUUGGUGAAUGUUGUGAUUGUGGAAAAUCGAUAUUUUCAGACCGAAAGAGCUAAUAAUGUACGGAAGUGGAUUGGACGGGGCGAGAAAGAUUGUUUGAAAAUUGUAAAAUGUUUUCAGAGGUCACACGGGAUUGUGCAUUGCACACACGCACAUGCAUCGAUUCUAUUACUUCCACAGCUUCAAAAAGUUUGAUUAUCGAGUGAGUUUUUCGAUUCGGUGAAAAUUUGCAUAUCCAUACCGAAAGUGCCUCAAAAAGAACGAUUUUCUGCAGGAUGUGGGAGCGGCGUGUGUGUUUUUGGCCGGCAAAAGCCACGAAUGCCCACGCAAACUGUCGCAUGUGAUUUCUGUGUGGAGGGAUCGGAAAGAGAGAAAGCAGUUGACUACGGAGGCGGUAAAUUUGAAUUUGAAGGUGACAGUUGACAAAUUUAUGGUUUUAGGCACGGAUGGAGGCGCAACAAAUAAUAGUUCUGCUCGAGAGCAUGAUUUUACAGACUAUAGGUGAGCAUCCCGCUAAAAUCGUGAAAAAACCGCUUGAAAUUCGCAGCAUUUGAUCUAAACGUGUACCUACCGCAUACAAAAGUUCUGGAAAUCAUGAAAACAGUUGAUAGAGGUCAGUUUUCACGGGUUUCCGUUCAAUACUUCGAAAUCUGCAGAUAAUAAACACAAGCAUCUCGCUUCUUGCGCCUAUUACUUUGCGACCGAUGUGUAAGCCCCAAAAAUGGGAAGAAAAUCACGAGUUUAACUUCAGAAUCGCCGUGACAGAUUGGUCUUUGCGGUAUUCGGCAGCCUCUAUGGCCAUUGUGAUUAUACACUUGAUGUCCGCCUACGCUGAUGUUCAAGUGAGCUUUAUUACUUGAAAAAACGGUUUGAAAUGGGGAAUUUCCAGGUGGAUAAGAUGUUUGCCCAUCAUAUGACGCCCGGAACGUUCUGGUACACCCGAUUCGAUCCGACAAUGACCGAGGAGCAAUUACGAGGUUCAUCCCUUAGAAAGUGUCGAUUUUCAUCGAAAAUCUUUACAGAAAUGGAGCUGGACUUCUUAAGCACGUACCGGGCGACGUGUAAAUUCCAUCAUGCCUCUCGUUACAGUACGUUUUCUCACUUUUUCCGGGGAAAGGGAGUAUUAUUUGCAGUACCUUCUUUGCGGCGUCAAUAAGCCAAAUGAUACUGAAUAUUCCAAAAGUUCCAGACUUUCGUGAUAACCGUCCUCCUCAGUUGGAGAAUCCUGACGUCGUCGCGAACAACAGGAAUCGAGUGAGUUUUCGGGAUUGUGACACGGCUAAGGAAUUGCAUUUAUAGUGAACUGUUCAGUCUGAUUAAAUUAUUGAGAUCGAAACGCUUGUAGAAGGGCCUGAUCUAUUCAAGACUUAUCUUAAAAGAAGAUCCUUCAGGACCGCACGCGUGAUGCUCGCAGCAACAGUCCGAUGGUGGCUCCGAAUCACCCGCUUAUUCCGGAUUCGACGAACGGGCGGCCACGUGGAUACGUGCCGAAAGACGAGUUGACUGUGGAGCGACUGAACAAAGAGCGGCAGUUCGAAGAGGAACGACGGAAAAGAGACCACGAUCGGAUGUCGGGCAGAAUUGACAACUCGAGCAGGUAAUGGACUGUUUAGGGGGACCCGAUCUCGACGUUUUCAGCCGUAGCAGCGAGAAACGGGCAAGAAUCGAUCCGCUUUCGAGCAAUUUCGUCUCUUCCUCUUCUUCCAAUCCGCAUUCGAACGGAAAAGUGGCGGUGCCCCCGCCGCCGAUGCCUCCGCCGGCGUAUCCGCAGAAAAAUGCGAUCAACAGAAGGCCCCUCGACAAUCCGAAUCCGUCCUCUUCCCAUUCUUCGCCCGCAUUUCGGCCCAGGUAGACGCCUCAUGAAAAUUUCAUUCGAAAAAUUGCUGUUUUUGCAGUAGCACCCGAGCGUUCGACGUUGCUCCGAUGCUCACACCGCCCAUACCCCCGCGAGCGGCAAGCACCGAGAACUCGGACAUGGACCUGGAGGACGGAGAGCUCGAAUGA